CAAAUGUCAAUGUCAUCAUCCAUCAACACAACAAGAACAACAAUUUGAUUACAAAUCUUAUCAAUUUUACUAUAUUUCUCAUUAUUUCUUUUGACUUUGUUUCAAAGAGCUCUGUGUUUUGACCUUUGAGUUUCAAUUAGAAAAAUCGAAACUCGUAUCAUACACCGAUACGAUUCCAUUCCGUAAUAAUUGUUCAUUUACUCAAGUUUUAAAAUGUAAAUUGUAUUGAAGUGCCUAAAUAAAAAGCUAAUUUUGUGUAUGAAGUGUAAAUACUUAUUUAUAAAAUAAUCAGCAACAUAUUAUAUGUCCUCCGCUAUUAGUACUAGUUAGUUUACAGUCUUUUCAGAGUUUAUCAGUGUUUUAACAAAAAAAAGUUGUAAAAUAUGGUUCUAUUAGAAAAGGAAUGGUACAUAGAAGCGCCGUGGGGAAGACUAUGUAUCAUAGCAUGGGGCGACUGCUGCGACCCCCCGGUGCUGGUCUGCCACGGCGCGAAGGACUCGGCGGCGAGCUUCAGACCGCUUAUUAAACUGUUGCCGAAGAAAUUCUACUAUAUCGGUCUGGAGCUGCCAGGCAACGGUCGCUCGGACCGCAUGCCAGGCGGCCUGAUGCUGGGUCUGCACGACCUGGUGUACAGCCUGCAGGUGCUCGUCAAACACUUCCGCUGGGACAGCUUCGUGUACCUCGGACACUCCAUGGGCUGCUCCCUAGGUUACAUUUACAACAUAUCAUAUCCGGGUAAGAUCAGCAAGAUCAUACAGCUGGACCCCAUCACCAUGGGGUUUGCGGUGCCCGCAGACAGGUUCCCCCUCUGGUACAAAAUGGCGAUCGCCAGGUAUUUUGAAAACUACGAACGUUACAACAGAAGUAACAACGACAAACGCACAUACACUAGAGAGGAGGCAAUAGACAAGAUAAUGAAGCGCAGAGGCUUCACCGAAGAAGUGGCGGUCGAGACUCUGGUCAGAGUGACGGAGCCGGCGGGGGAUGGACUCAUACGUUUCACAUUCGACGAGCGCGUAAACCUGGUGACUUAUCCGCCGAUGUCGCCGGAAUACCUCAGGAAACUGUUCACUGAAAUGACCAUACCUAUUCUGACCAUCAUAGCCGAGGAGUCCAAGAACAGAAACCGCUACAAAGACGUGCCGUUUGUAUUCGACGAGGAUUCGUUUCCCAACAAGAAUCACAGAUGGCGCGCAUUGCCCGGCGGACAUGACCUGCAUGCCAACAAUGCGGACAUUGUAGCGACGAUUGUUGCUCCGUUUUUGUUGCACGGUGUUGCUGGUUUGGACAACAAAUCUAAGUUAUAGACCGUUGUGUAUCAUCAUUAUCAUCAUCAUCAUCAUCUUCAUCAUCAUCAUUAUCAGCUAUAAUUUUUUUUUUAAUUAAUUUUGUACCAAUAUUAGUAACACACAAAAGUAAAAAGAAAAACACUGGACAAGGAAACACUUAUCUCUGUAAGAGAUCUCUGCCAGUGGCAGUGGGAGAGAUGAUAACCAAAAAAAAGUGAGGAAACAUUAUCAUUCUGAGCGGCCUCCGUGGCGCAGUAGUAUGCGCAGUGGACUUACAAGACAGAGGUCCUGGAUUCGAUCCCGGCUGGGCUGAUUGAGGUUUUCUUAAUUGGUUCAGGUUUGACUGAUGGGAGACUUCCGCCGUGGCUAGUCACCACCCUACCGACAAAGACGUACCGCCAAGCGAUUUAGCGUACCCGUACGAUGUCAUGUAUUAACCGAAAGGGGUGUGGAUUAUCAUCCUACUCCUAACAAGUUAGCCCGCUUUCAUAUUAAAUUGCAUCAUCACUUACCAUCAGCUGAGAUUGUAGUCAAGGGCUAACUUGAACAGAAUAAAAAAAAAUGCCGUUUGGCGUCCAUUAUGUCUAAAAGACAAUAAUAUUAUAGGGAGAAACACAAUAUUGAAUAAAACCCUAUCAAGUUUUACAAUUUCCGCCAAGAAUGUGAUCAAUUAACCCAUGAGUGUCAGAAAUUAGAAAAUGUAAGCAAUGCCCGAUGCUUUAUGUAAAUAACUUUUUCCAAAUCGUCAUUAUCAUUGAUUUAUUCAUUUAUGUUAAUUAACUUAUUGGUUAAAAUUUUGAGUUCACAUAUUUACUUUUCAAAAGGAGAUGGUCCAUUUCAGAUCCACUCUUGUACCCCGUAUCAUUAAAAUUUAAAAAAUACAGGAUAUUUGUUAUAAUCUAAAUAAGUGAAUAAAUGUAACUAAAUAAAAAGAAAUAAAUGAAAAUUAAAACCCAAGUUUUUGAGUUGUAACAAGAUGGCGCCAUUAAAGCAACUAUGACAUGACAUUUGACAGCAAACGUCAAAACGACUAUUGCGUUGAAAACGUCAUCUAUCCGCCAUUGUUACCCUUACUAGUGUUGCAUUUCUUGGGAGAGAAUUAACAUUAAUUCGAAAGAAUUACAGUAAAUUCGUAGAUUUGUAAAAUCGAAAAUGGUUAAAAAAAUUAUUUUCUUUUAUUUUCGCCAGGGUACAAUGACUGAUCCUGGACUCCAUACAAUUUUGGACCAUCUCCCUUGUUCGUAACACUCCCAAUGGUCGGCGCGGGCCGGGAGGGGGGUAUUGAUGCCUCGUGCGCACGACUUCAUACCCGCGCAGUCCUACCCUCUGCCCCGCGCGCACGACUUCACAACCGCGCAGCCCUUUCCCCCGUCGCCCGCAUAUCAUGGGCAAAAAUUACACACACACACACACACACACACACACACUCACACUAUACAAAUUAGAGUAAGCCUUUUUAUUGACAAAAACUCUCAUUUAUGCUACAGAGUUUAUCACAAGAGUUGACAAAAUAAUGUAAAGAACUUUGUCUCUGCCCUGACAGCAGAAGACUUUUUUAAAUUUAUUGUUUUAUUAUUAUAUUUUAUAAUUUUAUACCAAUAAGUAAAUGAUUUUUGUUGUGGUUUUAAAUAAUAGUGAAUUUAAAAAUAUAUUAUAGUUAUAAGUAGGUGUAGGUAAGUAAGUUUGGGGACCAAAAAUUAAAAUAUCUGUUUAAUACAUUGUAUGUCAUCAGCAUCAACCCAUAUUCGGCUCACUGCUGAGCUCGAGUCUCCUCUCAGAAUGAGAGGGAUUAGGCCAAUAGUCCACCACGCUGGCCCAAUGCGGAUUGGCAGACUUCACACACGCAGAGAAUUGAGAAAGUUCUCUAGUAUGCAGGUUUCCUCACGAUGUUUUUCCUUCACCGUUUGAGCCUCACCCCUCCGAACCGAUGGCAGAGGUCAUAUCCACUGGCUACCACGUCACUCAAAGUAUGAAUCAAAACCUUAGAUUAAACCAAACCACCAAAACAAACGAAAGUUCUUUACAUGACGCUCUGUAUUAUAUAGGCCAUUGAUUGCGAAAGUGGUCCAGGUUUAUGGAAGACUUGGCGGGGGUCUACGUUGUCGUGACCAAAAUGGGGGGUUCACGAUUUGUAAGCGAGGAUUCACGAUGUGGUUUCAUACCUACAUAAUGAGGAGUUUUCUAAAAAAAAUAGGUAAUUGUCAAGUGAUUACUUCCUUGUGCUAUGAGUACAAAGUAAAGUUGGCUGAAAUAACCGUUUGCCUGGACAAUUUUACUUUUUGUCAUUCACUCACUGCACAAUCAAUUAAGUAAUCAAUUCUCACUAUUUUUAUUUAACUGUUGACUCGUGGUGGUUGUCGAUUCAGCUGCAACGAAAAUUUCUAUAAAUAUAAUCCCAUUUUCCAGAACCAGUGAAAUUUUAAAGUGGUCUAUGAGAAAAAAUGUUUGGGAACCUCUGAUAUACACGGGAUUCGAAUCUAGGACAUCGCGACCGACCCACAGCUAUCCAUUGUAUUGUACCGACGUCGCUGAGUUGAGUCUACAAAUAUAUAGUUGAGUAUUUGGUAUACAGAGAUGCAUUUGUUAAUAAUAUUUAUUGUUUUUUAAUGGUGAGAGUUAUUUUAUAAAAUGUUUUACAUGAAAUAUAUUAUUUAUUUAUACUA